CUCCACUAGUUAAGUGUCUGCAGGAAAUCCACAUGAUUAAGAAGCACGAAGACCACCGCUGGGCAUAUGACUCUAAGCUAUCUAAAUGGAACCUUUACUUAGAUGAGAAUACAGUUCCCAGACCCGCUAAAAAUCCAGAGUAUCUUGUACUCUACACAAAAAAGAACAUAACUCCAUAUCGUUGCCAGGAGUACAUUGAACAGCUUAGUUUGCUAAACAAAAUUAAGUGCAGUAUUCCCGUACGCGUUAAGCUCCUAAGGAAGUGGCAGGGCCAAGAGGUAUUCAAAUUGAUUCUUAUUCUGCUGCGGACUGUCGAGGCACCCAGCUUAAUAAUUGAGUUAGUAGAGGAUAUAGUUGAUCCCAACCCAAUACUAACGGAAGAGAAUCUAAUAGAGCUAAAUUACUUAGUAGAUGGCAUUCCAGAGGAAAUGGAGAAGAGAGUGAUCGUUUUAUCGGCUAAGACAAAGUGUACAGGUAUAAAAUGGCGUCACUUUUUUGAAGUGAUCAGCCCGAUCUAUAACCUGUCUAAUGCCCACACAGACGAACUCAACUUUACUCAACUCAACCAACUACUAGCUAAAUACCAAGACAAGUUGAGAUAA